AUGGGCCCAGGGACGUGGAGCACUGUGGUCGCUGCGGCCUCAGAAGGGGACACGCCGCACAGAAACCCUUGCUGGGCCUUCAGCGUGGCCGCCACGUCGUCUCUGGCCGGGAGCCCCGGGUGGCCUGCCCAGGCCGCGGCCCGAAGCCCCGAGCCCGCAACCCCCCCCCCCGAACGGAAGAGCUCUGUCGUGCAGUCUCACUCGGGGACCGUGUGGCCGGCCCGGGGGGAGCGUGCUCUCCCCUCCGUCCCCUGGACCGGCUGCGGCCGGGCACCGAGGAGACUGUCCUGGGUCUGCGUUCGCGGAGGCCCAGCCCGGGGAGGGGAGGUGGCGCUGCAGGCAGGGCACCGUGCCCGUGUGCCGGAAGGGCUCUGGCAGGGGGCCCAGGACGGGGGAGGAGGAGCCAUUGGGGUGGAUGAGAGUCUCAUGGGGCCCCGAGGGAGCGCCCCGCUGGUCAGCUCUGCGGGAGCCAUGCGUCUGGCCACACUGGCAUGCCGGCCGACGGUGGCAGGAGACAGAAGACAAAUCCGCUUUCCCUCCUGGGCUCCACCUCGUGUCCACCCGCGUCCACGCUGCCGCGAUGACCUGCUGAGCUGGCCGAGGGUGUCCCCAGGGGUGUGGACAGCCACUCUGUCCUCUGAGCCUCUGGGCCCCGCCCACCUCCUCUCCUACUUGGGACCCCGUGGCCGGCCAUGCCAGCUCCGCGGCCCACGAUGGGGUGAAAGUCCUUCCCGGCUCACAGCGGGCCAGCCUGGGGCUCUGUCUGCAGACGCUCCGCCCUUCGGCCCGGCCGCCCUGCCCGCUGGUCCGGCCUCCAGGGACCUCGUUCCAACGGCAGGGAGCACGUCUCAGACCACAGAGCAAAGCCCACUGUGCGCGGAGAGUCUCCCCCGGCUCCCACGAGGCCACCGCUGCCGCCCCCGCUGUCCCUGCCCUGGCCGGAGAGGGGAGCGGCCAGAACCCUCCAGAACCCCUGUCUCCGGCAUCUGCUGGGUCCCCUGGGAAUGGCGGUGCUCCCUCCUCCCCACAUCAGUGCUGGCGCCCAGAGGCAGUUUCCUCACCGUGUCCUGGGGUGAGCACUGGCCCCGGGGACGCUGCAGGGUGGGGGCCCGAGGGCCAUGUGCCCACAGGAGCAGAGGCCUGGCCUCUGGGCAGCGGGCAGGUCUCCGCCAGCCGCCAUCUUCAGACCCGGCAGCCUCUGGAGCCUCGGACCUUGGGCUGGCGGCCCCAUCGUGGGCACCUCUGGCCACCAGCUCCUCCCCUGCAGCCGUCCCCCACCCCUUCCCUCGUGGCAGGGCCCCGAGGGGGCACUCAGGGCCCUGGAGAAGCCCCCUCUAUAUCCGUGACUUCCACCUGCAGAGACCCAUUUCCUUACCCCAGAGGCAAACCCGGGACCCUUGGGAGGAGGACCCCGCCGGCCAGGGAGAUGGACACUGUCCUUUGGAAAGGAUGGACUUGACCUUUUCUAGGGGGCCCAGCACAUAAUGUUGGGGUGAAGGAAAGUGGCAGAGGCUCCCCCACACUUGGGGCUCCUCCCAGCCUGCUUUGGGAGAAAGUCCCGAACCCACACUCAUGUCAGGCCUCUGUUCCCAAGUGUAAAGUGGGUGCACGGAGUGUUGUCCUGCACACAUCUGUCCACGCCUGCCCACGCCUGUCCACACGGUCCACACCUCUCCACGCCUGCCCACGCCUGUCCACACGGUCCACACCUGUCCACGCCUGCCCGCGCCUGUCCACAAGUCCACACCUGCCCACACCUGUCCACACGGUCCACACCUGCCCACACCUGUCCACACAGUCCACACCUGUCCAUGCCUGCCCGCGCCUGUCCACAAGUCCACGCCUGCCCACACCUGUCCACACGGUCCACACCUGCCCACACCUGUCCACACAGUCCACACCUGCUCACGCCUGUCCACACGGUCCACACCUGUCCAUGCCUGCCCGCGCCUGUCCACAAGUCCACGCCUGCCCGCGCCUGUCCACACGGUCCACACCUGCCCACGCCUGCCCACGCUGCCCAGCUCCAGCCGCGGAGGGAGGCCCAGCAUCCAUCAGACCCAUUACCACCCAGAGCGCUGUGCACGGGACCCGGCCCUCCACCUUCGUGCCAUUCGCCCGCUGUCCCAGCGGCUCCCGUUAAGUGGAAGCACAGUUCAGGCCCCACUGAGUCCCCUCCCCGUUGGGGCACUUCCCCUGCCCGCGUCUGUCCUGACCACUUAACCAGAGCCCGGCAUGUUUACCUUUGAUAAACACAAAGUGCAUGGUUGAGCCCCAACCUCCUGACGGGGACACGCACAAGCCGUUAUUCCAGUGCUCAGUGGCCCAGUGGGUAGGACACCGUCCCCAGGGUGGGGUCUCGUGGCCCAGGAGAUCAGCAGCGAGCCCAGUGGGGUCCCGCUCUCCCUGCACGGACAUGAGAGGCCAGUGACCAGCCUGCAGCCCCUGAGGCCCGGCCCCUCUGUGGAGGCCCAGCCCCUCCGUGGAGGCCCGGCCCCUCCGUGGAAACCCGGCCAGGCCCGGAGCGGGCCCUCACUGGGGCGCUGGCAUGGGGCGUAGGUGGCCUUGCGUCUGGUCCUGGAGCCGAGCAGCAUGAGCCUGGUGACUGUCCCCGGCCCUCCAAGAGACCACGAGUCAAGGCUCCAGCUCACUGCACCUGACCUGGAGAUAAACAUCCCUGAGGUUGUGGUGACGUGUGGCAGCCCACUGGGCAGGUCAGUGGCUUCUGCCCUGAGGCCCAGAACCUUCUCGGGGGCCCUCCCAACAUGGGCAGCAGCGCAUCCCUAGGUGCGCCCUCCCGGCCCUGUGGCCACAUGGACAGAUUCGGCCCCUGGGCCGCCGGCCAGCCUGCCCUCAGGGGGCAGCGAGAGCCGCAUGCAGACCCUAGACCCCGGUUCCCGGAGCCACGUUCGUGACCACCCAGGAGGAGGAUGCACUGCGUCUGUGUCCGGAGCCCACGCCGGGGUCUCCGUGCCCCUCCCCCUGCCCUGGGGCCCCGCUGGAGCGGGGAGGGUGUUCAGACUCGCGUCCUGGGGAGUUGGGCGUGACCCGUGUCCUCUCCCUCUCAGAGCCAUCUGCCCCCUCGCCGCCACGUUAGCUACCAGACGGAGGCUGGCUGCCGCAGGAAACAGCCUGUCACCAGCCACACGUCCUGUCUCUAUUAAAAGGCCGUUUCAGGAUAAACUGGGGCCGCUUCUUGUCCGCCGGGGCCACUGUCCUCACGGCUGGGCCGUGGGCUGCCGCGUGCGGCCGUGCGCGUGGUGGACGCGCCCACAGGUGCUGCAGAGCCAUGGGCGCCUGUCCCGGAACCAGCAGGACCCAGGCCCUCCCCCCAGCAUGCCCGCCGGCGCCUCUGGAGGAUGCGGUGAGCGCCGGCCGGAUGCAGGGCCGGCGCCCUCCUCGCUCCUGACCAGCCCCAGCGAGCAGGUGAUGGAACCGCCGGCUGGACUGCCCGGGGCAGGAGGGACCCUGCCUGACCCCCGGGCCCUCAGCUUCUGGGCGCGUCCAGGACGAAGAAGCAAGCCUAUGGGUGGCCACAGUGACAUGAGAAUGUCAGAGAAGGACCCCGAGUCCUCGGGGACAAAGGUGUUAUAAAAGAGCCUGGGCGCAGGGCGUGCGGGCGGGUGCUCACGGCCCUCCCCGUGGGGUGCCGUGGCCGGGGCGGGCUGGGCUGCAGACGGAGCGCGCGGCUCUGAAGGGUGGGGCUGGGGUCUUGCCAGCAGUGGGCUUCCAGAGCCCGAAAAUACCCAGCAAACAGCUUUGAAAACUCUUCCGGACACAAGGCUGCGCUGGGGAAACAUGAGGAACGCCCAAGGUCAGAGCCCGUGAGAGAAGCGUGGCUCCGGUCCGCUGCUCCCGGUCCGGGCUGUCGUGAACCCCGGGCGAGUGGCGAGGAGACACGCGUGGGGUCUGUGCAGGCAGCGCGUCAGGGCAGACCCCCUCUGUGAAGCCAGGGGUCCUGAGGGGAGCGAGGCAGGGAGGCCCGCCGCUCAGAGGUCGGCGGUGGGGACGCCGGCCCGUGAGCCUCUGCGCCUGGGGGAGGAGCAAGGUGUCCCCACGAGCCGCCCUCCCGCGGCUCAGAACACCAAGGGACACGCGCACCCACGCCGUGGCUUCCCACGGGGUCUCCUGGGGUCCCGGCCGAGGUGACAGCCUCCGGAGGCUCGCACCCUAGUGCCACCAACAUUCCCACCCACAAGGACGAGGCUCGGGGCUUUCCGGAAAGCCGUCCUCAUGUCCCCGAGGCCCAGUGAACCCCAACAGGUUCCACUCAAAGAGACCAGAGCUUUGGUCUCUGGGUCAGUUGUCUGCACCGCGGGGACCGGGGGCGGGGCGGGGGGCGCUGCUCUACAAACCUCCGGACGGCCUGAAACUCCUGAUUCUCCGGAAGCGGCCGGGACACAGCUCUCUGCAAACAGUACUUAGCAAUGUGUCGUGACCACCCAUUUCGCUGACGCAAAGGCAGUGACUGUGGGUGUGGUCUGGCCCAGCGAUCCUGCCGUGAGGGUCCCGCACGUGAGAAAAUGUCUCAGCCAGGGCGCCGGGGGGCUCGGUCAGGUGGGUGUCUGGCUCCGGCUCAGGCCAUGAUCUCGCGGUUUGUGGGUUCGGGCCCCGCAUCAGGCUCUGUGCUGACCGCUCGGAG